AGAAAAGCUAGAACUGUUUUCAGUGAUCAUCAAUUAAAUGGACUAGAAAAACGAUUUGAAACACAGAAAUAUUUAUCAACCCCAGAACGAAUGGAACUAGCUUCACAACUUAGUCUAUCAGAAACACAGGUUAAGACAUGGUUCCAAAACAGACGAAUGAAACAAAAGAAAGGGCAAAGAAAAUCUCAGACGGACACUCUAGACUGUGGU